UUGAUGUCACGUGAAUUUGAAAAAGAAUUGUUGGUAUCAGAAUUAGACAUGACCUUCAACUCUACUUCACGGUGGGAUGAUUUGCGAAAACAUGCACGGUCUUAUGAGAAUGAGUUGGAUACAAAGCUUGUAGCUUUCUCAAAGCUUGGCAACUCUUUUGCACAAGACAUGGAGAGGGACGCUGCACCACUUCUAACAGGAGACAACAUCUUCGACACCAUGUCUGUUGAAAUUGAAAGUAUAUUGGCUAGCCUGACAUCAGCGAACGAUGAGAUGGCAGAUUUGUUGGGAAGUGUGAACACAACUGCUUCAAUGAGACACAUCUGUCAGAGACACAGAGACAUACUCCAGGAUUACACACAAGAAUACUGUAAAACCAAGUCAAACAUACAAGCAUUCAAGGACAGAGAAGAAUUACUGGGAUCCGUCCAUCAAGUGAACUCGUUUAAGAACGGCUUGAAUAACAGAAAACAAGAUUUCUUUUUAAAAGAAAACGAAAACAUCAUGGGAGCUGACGGAGUAACUAACGACGCAAUCAGCAUAGCCAUCGCUACAAAAGAGAAUCUGUAUUCUCAACGAGGAGGUCUGUCAGGGAUCACUAAUAAAAUGAACGCUAUCUCAAACAAGUUCCCUAUGAUCGGGAGCCUAAUGAACAAGAUUAAUGUCCGCUCUAGAAGAGACUCUAUUAUCAUGGCUGCUGUGAUUACUGGGUGUCUCAUUGCGUUAUUCUUGUUUGCUUGAGUGUUUGUUGAAAAGUGGCAUUGCCAUGGGAAUCUCAGGGACAAGAAAUGAAAUUCAAAGAGUUUUGAUGGAUAGAAAAUAACUGAUGAACCAAUUUUGAUGGAUUGAAGACUUAAGAGUUAAGAGGAUGAAUCAAAUUAGCAGUUAGCACGCUCAAUUUUUGUGUCAUGACCUCAGGGCUUUCAUUUUUAUGUAAUUAAGAAUGGUAAUAAUAAUUGCUUAUUUGUUAAUUAGGUAGUACUAAUUUGCUAGUUAUUUAAAAGUCUGAAUGGAAUCAGUUCCGUGAUAUUUUGUUCUUAAUUGAAAAGUUUAAUCUUCAAUAUUCUAAUUUUGCAACUUUAU